AUCAACGCUCUGGGCAAAGCUCUUCACUCUCCAUCUCUCAGACCAAUCGUGAUUUUGCAUACUCCUCAGGUCUCAGAUUCAAAUCAAAAUGUAUAAACGUAAGCCAAUGGAGAAGAAAAAGGAAGGCAUGGAGUCUAACAAUCAAGCUUCGAGCUUUAGGAAUAUUAUGAGAGAUGUUCAACUCUUUAGUUCUUCUCAUAUGACAUGGAAGGAUAAGAAAGCAUUGGAGAACAAGAAAGUGACUGAACUUGGUGGAAAGCCUCAGAAGAAGCAGAGGCUACCGUUGAGUGUAGCGCGAGUGCAGAUGAAGAAACAGAAAGACAGAGAAGAGAAGAUGUUUGAACAGAAUCUGAUCCUCGGGAGAUUUGGAGCACAAUUUGGGAGUGGGUCUACUAGGAAACCUGCAGAGAAGAAGCGUACACCAGAAGAGAGAGUCUUGAAGUCUACUGUAGGGGAUUUCAGGGGAGGUGUUCUUGAUGUUAGGCAUUUGCUACGUUCCGGUUCAUCAGGAACCAGUGACAGAGAUUUCAAGAUAAAGAAACACGGUAAGAACUAUAACUUGGGAGGAGGAGGUGAAGGAGGCGGCUUAAAGGCUAAGGGAAAGAAGAAAGGAGGCAAAAAGAAGAAAAAAGGAAAGAAGAAAGGAGGCGGUAAGAAGAGAGGCAAGUCAUCCGGGUAGCUCUGUAACAAGUUUUGAAGCAAAGGUUUAGUAGCGUUUUAAGCAUAAUACUCUCCUAGUAUGAGUGCAGUUACAGCUAUUGAACCUGCUUGUGAUUGUGUUUCAUUUUCCUUAAGAGGUUUGUAGAAAAGAAAGAUUCUUAGAUUGUUAUAGUUUUACCUUUCUAAAAAGAUUGUAGCUAUACAAGUUCGAAAGGGAAAUAAUUAUGUGUGUUUUACUCAA